CACGAGCACCACGAGGCCUGCUUGCGGCAGGAAAACCCAUGACUGCACAUUACCACUAUCUCUUAGAUUAAUGCUUUAUUGAGGUGCGUGGCGCACUCUGAACCAAACAAGCCAUCGUUUUCGUAGGAGGUGUCAUCGUUUGUGCUUGUGGGUCUAUAACAUGAUGAUUUGAGGAAGGCCACGAAUCAUCCGCGCCAUGGAAAAAGAAAACAAGCGUCGGUUCUUGGCACCAAAACAGGAGUAGAUAGCAGCAGGCUUGCUGCUUGCAAGCUAGGAGUAGUGAGUCAGCAGCCACCGAUCAACAUCAAUGGCGCCGGCACCAUCAUCAUUCCAGCACGUGACAGUGCUAUCGCGAUGCGAGGUCUCGCCCUCGCCGCCGGCGCCGGGGCCGCGGGCGCUGCCGCUGACGUUCUUCGACCUCGUCUUCUGGGGCUUCCCGCCCGUGCAGCGCCUCUUCUUCUACGACGACCCGGCCGGCCUCGUGGACGUCCCGGGCUUCCUCGCCCACGACCUGCCCCUCUUCAGGGACUCCCUCGCCGCCGCGCUCCACCGCUUCUACCCGCUGGCCGGGAAGCUGCCCUGCGAGCUACCACCGGAAGGGCCGCCCGAGGUCGUGUGCUCAGACGGCGACUCCGUUCGGCUGACUGUGGCCGUUGCCGGGGAAGACGACGACUUCCGCGACCUCGCGGGCGACCACCCCCGCGACACCGCCAGGCUCCGGCCGCUGCUGCCGCCCCUGUUCGAGCACGGCGGGUGUCGGGACGUCUUCGCCGUGCAGCUCACCGUGUUCCCGCGCGCCGGCAUCUGCGUCGGCACCACGCUGCACCACGCCGUGGCCGACGGCUCCGGCUACGCGCACUUCAUCAGGACGUGGGCCGUCUUCCACCGCCUGGGCCCGAAGAAGAAGAAUGCGAUUGACGUGGCGCCGCCGCUGUUGGACCGCGGCGCGGUGCGCGACGACGGCGGGCGGCUGAGGGAGGCGUUCCUCCGCGACCACAGGGCGCUCGCGGCGGCCGGGGACACGCGGCUCGGCGACUGGGACCUCAGCGUCCAGGGGGCAGGCGGCGUGCAGCUCGCGACGUUCCGGUUCACGGGCGAGCUGCUCCGGAAGCUCGGGGGCCGCGUGGAGUCGGAGACCUCGGCGCGCGGGUGCUCCCCGUACGCGGUGGCCUGCGGCGCCGCGUGGGCCGGCAUCGCGCACGCCCGCGGCGGCAUCGGCGUCGGCAUCGGCAAGGAGCAGCAGUUCGGGUUCGUGACCGGGUGCAAGCCCCGCGCGAACCCGCCGGUACCGGCGAGCUACUUCGGCAACUGCCUGGGCCUCUGCCGCGUCCGCGUGGAAGAGCAGGAGGGCAAGGAGCUCACGGCGAGCGUGGCGUCGGCGGCGAUCUGGCGGGAGAUCGAGGGGCUGGCGGAGCCAGGGCGCGCGCUGCGGGGCGCGCGCGGGUGGGUGCGGUUGGUGCGGGAUAGCGCGGCGGCGCGGGCCGUGACGGUUGCCGGGUCGCCGAAGCUCGGGAUGUACGCGGCGGCGGACAUGGGAGGCGCGCCCUGGGGCCGGCCGCGGAAGGUGGAGAUCGCGUCCGUGGAGCGCACGGGCGCGCUGGCGCUGGCGGAGGACGGCGGCGGGAUCGAGGUCGGGGUGGCGCUGCCGCGAGCGGAGAUGGAGGCGUUCCAAUCCUUCUUCAGCGCCCUCGUCGCCUCCUGUGACUCCUCCUGCUGACGAUGGACCAGGCGACAGCGAGCGUAAAAAAGCGUGACGCGACCUUUCCUGGGUCUUUUCUGUCACUCGGGUGCUGCUCUGUCGGCUGUCGCCCGUGAGUAGUUCAUUUCUCAGUGUUUGCCUUCCAAGAACCCAUGAAUGCAAAGACAUUUCCAUUCUGUAUGCGUAAAUUGCGUACCAGUACUCCCAAAGGGCAAAGGCCCGAAUUGUACUACAGCACAAAUACGUCAAUAACCCAAUUUGCAGGCUUUGCACAUAA